UGUUUAGAGUUAGCCAGUGAUUCAUUCAGUGAGGAGGAGGAUGAGUGAGCAGUGUGUGGAGGAGAAGAAGAGGAGGAUGAGUGAGCAGUGUGUGGAGGAGAAGAAGAGGAGGAUGAGUGAGCAGUGUGUGGAGGAGAAGAAGAGGAGGAUGAGUGAGCAGUGUGUGGAGGAGAAGAAGAGGAGGAUGAGUGAGCAGUGUGUGGAGGAGAAGAAGAGGAGGAUGAGUGAGCAGUGUGUGGAGGAGGAGAAGAGGAGGAUGAGUGAGCAGUGUGUGGAGGAGGAGAAGAGGAGGAUGAGUGAGCAGUGUGUGGAGGAGGAGAAGAAGAGGAGACAGACGGUGCUGAGUGUACUGGGAUUAGUGCUGCUGGUGUACGCCGCUGUACAGCUCGUCUUCUACACGGCUACACACUCGUCUCAGCAACAUCACAGAGAAAGACGCGCACUGGAGAACGAGAGCCAGUGUGUUCCACCCCAGUCCUCCGAAUUCCCCGAGGGAUUUUUUACAGAGCAGGAACGGAAAGAUGGAGGGAUUGUUAUUUAUUUCAUUAUUAUUUUCUACAUGCUGCUCGCCGUGUCUGUAGUCUGUGAUGAAUAUUUUUUACCCUCACUCGAAGUCAUUAGCGAUCGACUCGGUCUUUCUCAGGACGUCGCUGGUGCCACUUUCAUGGCAGCUGGAAGCUCCACCCCCGAACUCAUCACCGCCUUCCUGGGUGUGUUUGUGACAAAGGGAGAUAUCGGUGUCAGCACUAUCGUGGGCUCCGCUGUUUAUAACCUGCUAGGAAUCUGUGCUGCAUGUGGCCUCCUAAGCUCAGUGGUCAGUCGUCUGAGUUGUUGGCCGUUGUUCAGGGACUGUGUCGCUUACGCUGUCAGUGUGAUCGCUGUCAUCGCCAUGAUCUCUGAUAACCAGGUCUACUGGUACGAUGCAGCAUGUUUGUUACUGGUGUAUGGUGUGUACAUCGUGGUGUUGUGUUUUGACGUGAGGAUCAGUGAGUAUGUGUUGCGGCGUUUCAGUCCUUGUUGUGUGUGUUUGGAGAAGAGUGAGGGGGUGCUAUCUGAGAGACGGCCCCUCACUGGGUGGAACCAUGAACAAGACAAUCAUGAUGUCACAAGUCUGCACGUCUCCCGUCGCUCUCGUACAGACAGCGGCAUCUUCCACGAGGACUCAUCAUACUCACACCUAUCCCUCAGCCUGCACGGGCUCUCAGACACGUCCCCUGAGCCCCACAGUGUGUUCCGGAUGCCAGACAGUGAUGUGAAGCGGAUAUUCUGGGUUUUGUCUGUACCUGUGAUGGUGCUGCUGUACUUCACGGUACCUGACUGCAGGAGACAGAUCUGGAAGAAGUUCUACAUGCUGACAUUCCUCAUGGCUGCCGUCUGGAUUGCUGCCUUCACCUAUGUCCUGGUCUGGAUGGUCACCAUUGUGGGAGAGACACUGGAGAUUCCUGACACGGUGAUGGGACUUACUCUGUUAGCAGCAGGAACCAGUAUCCCAGAUACAAUCGCCAGCGUGAUGGUGGCUCGAGAGGUGAGCAGGAUGAAGAUCUCAUCAGUCAGUGUCCAUCUCUCAGGUAAAGGAGACAUGGCCAUGUCCAACAUCGUGGGCUCUAACGUCUUUGACAUGCUGUGUCUGGGCCUGCCCUGGUUCAUAAAGACAGCGUUUGUGGACCCGUCCUCUCCGGUGGUGGUCAACAGUACAGGUCUGGUUUUCACCACUGCCUCGCUCCUGGUCUCCAUCCUCAUCCUUUUCAUCGCCACUCAUAUCAACGGCUGGAAGCUGGACAGGAAGCUCGGCGCCGCCUGCUUAGUCAUCUACAUCAUUUUUGCCACGCUGUCCAUCCUGUACGAGCUCGGGAUCAUCGGGAACAGUCCGAUCCGUGCCUGCGGUGACUAAGUGACCUCAGAGCAGAACUUAACGCCUUAACUUAACACGCAAUAACUGAACCUGCACAUACAAGGUUGACUACAGCUCACUGACCUCAGAUCAGUGUUAAUACACAACAGCUGGAACUCCUAUGUGUCUGACCUCAGAUCAGAUUAGAAUCAGCAUCAACACCUCACACUGGACUUAAGAACAGACUUCACUCUCUUUCUGCAGAAUAACUGAUCUCAGGUCAUUUAUAACAUUUCAGGGUUCAUGUGGAACCAGAGGUUUAUACAGAUCUCCUGGCCUCAGAUCAGCCUGAACAUACUGCACCUGAAACAGGUUUAUUUAGAACACACACACCACACUGCAGGUCAGUACUGUGCAGAAAAACUGACCCCAUAUCAGUGUCAAAUCACCACACACAACUGCUGAAUCUCACACACACACACACCAUGUGUUUAACACUACUGACCUCAGAUCAGUGAUUACACACCAUGGUACACUGCUGGGAAUGUUUGUGUUUUGUCCUUUAUUUUUUUUACACACUGAAGUCACACAAAUAAUAAAAGUUAAAGUUCAGCAGUUUGAGCUGCUCAUGAAUUCACACCUGAUUCUUAUUUUUUUCAAUCUUUUUUGCAUGCUUUAUAAACUCAUGCUUAAAGGUGAUAAAAAUUAGAGAUAUCUCCGUCCUUCACACCAGUGUCCAGUGUCCUCUCUGCACCCCAGGGAACUCCUCCAGUGAUCUGACCAGCUUAGUGUUUACCUUCAUACUGCCCACUAACUCUCUCCUGAAUUAGAAAG